UCUCUCUGUGUGUGUGUGUGGGGGGUUCCUUGUGGCAUGAGUUAGUCGGCGAUUAAUUAGGGAAGGAGGCGGGGGGGGAUAGAAUCAUAGAUCGGGGCCGGGCUGGGGCUGAGGGCGGCUGCGCAUAUCGGCGGCAGAAGAGAGUAGAGGAGACCGGCCGGACAGCCAGCGGAUCAGAGGUGUUCAGCCGUGCUCGGUUCAAACCCGACCCUAAACCUGCCUGGAAGGAGCGAAAUGGCUGAACAAACAGCAGAGAGGGCAGAUCUGAAAGUGAUGACCAGCGAACAUUUCUGGAAUUCGUAGCGAAUGAAUUGGCUGUCAGGAUGCUGCAUUCUUUGACCUGAAAAUGGGUGUUAAUGCAUCUACCUAUCCUCACUCUUUCUCUCAGAGGGUAGGAGGAAAUUCGCAGGCUCAACAGACAUUCAUAGGAACAUCCUCCUACUUGCAUCAAGGAUAUGGAUGCGAAUCAAAAUUAUAUAGCCUCGAACAUAGCCAUGAGAAACCACAAGACAAAAAGAAAAAAAGUUCUGGCCUUGCAACCCUGAAAAAGAAAUUUAUAAAAAGGCGUAAAUCUAAUCGCUCUGCCGAUCAUGCUAAGCAGAUGCGUGAGCUGCUUUCUGGAUGGGAUGUAAGGGAUGUAAAUGCACUAGUGGAAGAAUAUGAAGGCACUGCAGCUUUAAAGGAGCUUUCAUUGCAAGGUAAUUUGGCACGACCAGAUGCACGGACCUUGCAAAGAGACCUAGCAGAUCUUUACGAAUAUAAGUACUGCACUGAUGUUGAUUUGAUUUUCCAAGACACUUGCUUUCCUGUGCAUCGUGCCAUUCUGGCUGCGAGGUGUCCCUUUUUUAAGACGCUGCUUUCAUCAUCACCUGAAUACGGUGCUGAGAUUAUGAUGGACAUUAAUACAGCUGGCAUAGAUUUGCCCAUGUUUUCAGCAUUAUUACACUACCUGUAUACUGGAGAGUUUGGAAUAGACGACUCCAGGUUCCAAAAUGUUGACAUCCUGGUGCAGCUCACUGAAGAAUUUGGAACCCCAAAUUCACUGGAUGUAGAUAUGCGAGAACUUUUUGAUAACAUGUGCUAUUAUGAUGCUAUUCUUGGCUUUUCAGCUGAAUCAGAAUUAGUGGAGGCAUUUGGAAGAAGUUCAGGUCGUUUUGAUGAGGAACUCUGUGGGCAUAAGGCUGUCCUAUCUGCACGUUCCCCUUUUUUUAGAAAUCUUCUCCAAAGACGUGUAAGGACUGGUGAAGAAAUAACAGAUCGAACUCUGCAGACGCCAACAAGAAUCAUACUUGAUGAAUCUAUCAUUCCAAAGAAAUAUGCAAAAGUAAUUUUACAUUGUAUGUAUACUGAUCUGGUGGAUUUGUCUCUUGUUCUGCACUACAAUCCAUCUGUGGGGAGCCUAAGUGAAGUCCAAGCAAUGGUUGCGGGAAAGGGUAACAUGUCGAGAGCUGAAGAAGCAAUGGAACUUUACCACAUAGCCCUUUUUCUGGAAUUCAACAUGCUUGCUCAAGGGUGUGAAGAUAUUGUGAUGGAGAGCAUCUCCCUCGACACACUGAUUUCCAUUCUGAAGUGGAGUUCACAGCCUUAUGGCUCCAAAUGGGUUUACCGGCAGGCAAUUAAUUUCUUGUGUGAAGAAUUCACUUCAGUCAUGAUCUCUGAUGUGUUUUUUGAACUUAGCAUGGACUAUUUGCCUCUUGUGCUUCAGUCUGACUAUUUGCAGGCUAGUGAGCAAGAUAUCCUUAAAUACAUGAACAAAUGGGGAGAGCACCAGCUCAUCAAACAGAUGGCAGAGAGAGAACCAAACCUGCUGAGUGGGACGGCACACAGUGUAAACAAGCGAGGUGUAAAGAGGCGGGAUCUUGACAUAGAGGAACUAAAAGAGAUUUUGUCCUCAGUUCUGCCUCUCAUUCGAAUAGAUCAUAUCCUUCCCACAAACAGUGAGAUUCUUAAUGAUGCUAUAAAGAGGGGACUGAUUAGCACACCGCCAUUAGAUAUGCUGCCAACAGCUGAAGGUGGAAAAUCUCAUGCUUGGCUACGUCAGAAGAAUUCUGGUAUAUAUGUGAAACCUCGCUUAUUUGCACCGUAUGUGGAGGAGGCAAAGACUGUGUUGGAUGAGAUGAUGGUGGAACAGACUGAUCUUGUCCGGUUGCGAAUGGUUCGCAUGUCCAAUGUACCAGACACGUUAUACAUGGUGAACAGUGCUGUACCACAGUGCUGCCACUUAAUGAGUCACCAACCAAUAGGUGCACCAUCCAACCCUCCUUCAAUCAUUGCCAAUGAAAUUCCUGUGCCCCCUUUGAAGAUGGUAAAAGAUAUGAUCAGGCGCCUUCAGGAACUUAGACAUAUGGAUCAGGUACAGCGUGCGUACGCAUUGAACUGUGGGGAAGGAGCAACCGUAAGCUACGAAAUUCAAAUACGGGUGUUGAGGGAAUUUAACCUCCCAGAUACUGCUGUUGAACUGCUUCAGAAUCCUCAUAAAUUCUUUCCUCAUGAGCGAUUUGGUGAUGAGAGUCCAGUGCUGACUAUUCGUCAGCAUGGUCACUGCAGAAUAAACAGUUCACCGGCUGGAGAACGUGGUGAUGUUGAACCCUAUGCCGCGUUCCAUCCACCGUUACCACCACCUCCACCGCCGUACCACCCACCUGCAAUCCAGACACAUGAAAAGCACAAAACGGAAUUGAAGCACAGGCUGCCUGGUCAACUGUCAUCUCGCUCCUUAUCGUACCCAUGUAAUCGCUCCUUGCAUUAUUCUGCGCUCACCUCCAGGCCCAUAUACACUUCUGGUGGUAAACUAAUGCCUCCUGAUUGCACCAAUUCUGCCAGAUUGCAAACAACGAUAGGGAAUGCUGAAGGUACCUUGAAUGAACUGAUGCCAGACAUUGCAAUGGGUGUGACUUCUUUGAGUAACUUGUCACUUAGGGAUAGAAGAUUUCCUGAGCUUGCUUUAAGUACUGAUGUAAACAAAAUGGCGUCAGAUUCUGCUUCCUUUCCACGCCCUGCGCCGUAUUUACACAGUAGACAUGCACAUGGCGUGAGGAGAAGACCUAGUGAGCUGAAGGCAGAAUCUCGAGAAGCCUUCCAGGAUUAUCCUGAUCUAUACGACUUUUCCAUUGCAGCUUGUCGGCCAUGCACUCCAGGAACUAGCAGGCAUACAUUGGCUCCUUCACAGGGAAGAUACUUUGCCCCAGAUUUAUAUUGUCACGGUAGAACAGCAACUGGAAGCUUCAAGAUGACUUCUCUUUGUAGUGAUAUUUCCAGUAAGCCAGUAGAAUCCAGGAGAGAAUAUCUACUGCCUCCCAAACUUCAACAGUCUGGUCCUAGUGAUCCACCAUACUUUGAUUUCCUGGAGCAGCCUCCUCACAGGUUGGACUUGGCACUGAAGCAGGAGUCCAGUGGGGGCUCUCUGCUUACCAGAAACAGGGGGUUAAUGGAAACAGAUCUGACUUAUGGCCUCACAGCCAGUCGCGCUCUGAGUGUGCCCUGUAGCUCUGGCAAUUGUGAUGCUGGCUGCAAUAUAAGAUCAUUAGAUGGUGAUAUGCUGGAGCCCGGGCCCAGUGUUCAUCCACACAGAAGCAUUCGGAAUAAUAGAGAAGAUACGCUGAGCCGAGAAAGGAGGUCACCAAACAGACCUGAUCUUCCGUACAAAAAAUCAGCUCUUUAAUGAUGCCUGCAAUCCAGUGUGCUUUUUCAACAGAUGACUCCAUUGUUAACUUUGCUUUCAUAAAUAUUUUGUACAUAACAUUUCUACCUUGAACUGAAUAAUUUCUAGGUGGUUUUCUAUGACUUUCGUGAUAGCUUGGGAGACCAAGUCAUGCACCGACCGGUAUUGCCAUCCUUUCUAAUGUUCAAAUAGUCUGCUAAUCGAGUUUACCAAUUGAAAAAAAAUGCUUGGUCUUUUACCUCAUUUUUACAGGUCUGUUUUUAAAAAAACAAAAAACUUCAGUGUCUUUGUGUAUUGAAUUACAAUUGUGUAAUAUUUAAUGGUGAAAGGUACUCUGAUGAUACCCAUUGACAUAUUUUCUCAUUUUCGAGAGAGUUUUUAGUCUUAAAAGACUGGGCAGUAUUUUUAAGUAUACUCAGCAUUGGAAUACAUGUGCAAGGGAAGAAUGUCUUUAUUCUACUGGCCAACUGUAUUCAGAGCACAGAUCCUUGUCAGUCUAAAGCUGUAGUCUUAAUCUUGGGACAAUCAGAUUGCUGUGACAAUCGGUUUAUAGGAUUAAUGUUUUAAUAUAUCAUGAGAAGCUGAAUCCCAAAGGCAGAAAUACUAGUAACUGGAUAAAGCAGCUACACUUCCCUUUGAAGCUGCUGUCAUAUCAUUUGCUUAAUCAUUGUUCAACGGUUAGAUACGCAAAACUCUUUGGUCUUUUUCUUCAUUAUUUGGUUUGAUAGCUGCUUUUCAAAUUUCUGCAUGGAUAAAUGUUUGUCUCGAAAAUAAUUUCCAAAGCUAAAAAUAUACUAUAUUAGCUGUGUGAGGGGAAAAACCAGAAUGCAAGUUGUGUAUGAUUGUAAAUUCUCUCUUUCCCCUUGCUGCAUCUGAGUAGGUUUUGCAUAUUGCACAUAUUUAGGAUAUUAUGACAUCCUUUCUGUGAGAUGUUGUUGAACUCCAACAUGUGUUGCAAGUUUCAUGAUCAACUCCUUGGUGACAGUAAAAUCCAAGAUUCGCUUUCACAGGCAGACUUGCGGAGUCUGAAAGAUGUUAGUCUAAUCCUGGAGACAGGGUAGAACAUCUCGGGGACUUGGAUCAUUGAUUAAAGUGACUGGCUCUGUAUUUUGCCAAGUAUCCAGGUUCUACACUUGUUUGCGGAAACCUCUUGAAAUUGCAUCUGUGAGUUCUAUGUUUAAGUUAGAAAUUUGAUCGUGGUGUUUUAAAUUUUAUUAUUUCUGAUCUACAUUAUGAAACUAAUUUGAUGUGGCUGUGCAGAUUUUCUCCUUCGAUCCUUCCUGUUCGGUUUCCUAUUUGUGUGCAGCGGCAAGAUUAGAAUUGGAAGUCAGGAGAAUUCAAAGCAUUGUGUGCUGAUUUCCAAUGCAAAGUACCAGUGGCACAAAGCAUUUAAUUAUUCACUGUUACGAUGCAAUCUCCUUUGUCAUUUCAGGAUACUAGAGUUGGUGAACUGGUACUAAAUUAAAAAUCUGAAUGCUGAAAUUAAUACUCUAAAAUUACACACAAACUUUAAUUCUCGUCCCAUGGCAAUCAUUGAGCUGUAGUUAUUUCAAUGUAUGGUCUGUGGUUCAUUUGGCAGUAGAGUCUGGUUCCAAUUCAAGUUCAACUGCAAAGUUGAUGAUCUUGUCUACGGUACAAGUACGGUACGGAGGGAGUGCUACACUCGGGAGGUGCUACACUCUAGAAUAAGAUUAAAAUGUAUUUGUAUGCCUUAUCUUGGAGGUUUCAAGGAAAUUAUUGGAAAUCAGCAAAACUUAAAACUUUUUUUCUAUUGGUUUCUAAUUAAUAUAUAAACAGUGCUUGUUGGCUGCAACAACUUGAAGUAAAUUAUGAAAACUGCCUGCAAAUUUGCCUGCAAUGCCACAGAUAACUGGACAGUCCUUUCUAACAUAAAUGUAAAAUAAACAGCUGUAGAAACUCACCCCAGUACAUGCACAGCAUCCUGAAGCUGCCUGAUCUAAUGCUAUAUAUUGUUCCAGACUGUGUUUGUGUAUCUUUCUCUCCCACCCACACACCCCCACUCCCCAUUGCAUGCUGUUUAACUGCAAUUACUUACCAAUUUAAUUUUGGUUGAAUUAGAAUAUUGGAAACCAUUUAAAGAUGAGUUAAGUGCUUGGUAGCAAAAGCUUUUAUAAAAACUUGCAUUGCUGUUGUUUAAUUCUUUAAUAAUUUGUUUUGGAUGCUUCUGAUCUAAUCUGUUACUGGGAUACAGUAAAGUGCCUUCCAUACUAAAGGCUCAAGUAUCAGUAAUUUAGAUCAAAUGUCCUAUGCAAAUGUUUUCUACAAAUGGCAUAACCAUCUUUCUCUACAGUGCUUCAAUGUAUAUAAUGUUUUUUAAAGAGAUGACUAUUUUUAUUUUAGCAUCUUAAAUGAAAUUAUUGCUUAAUGAAAUGCAAUUCCCUAUUGAGUACUACGGCAGUUGUACAGAAUCUUCAUGAUCUAUUUUUCUACUGUUUCUGGGAGAAAAAAGCAUGUAACAAAUUCUAAACUGGCAUAUAGUUGGUGUUCUAAAUAAAUGGCCCAUGGAAUGUUUCAUUUUGAUUAUGAAAUUAAUCCAUAUUUUUAUUAAAGUGGAAACAGCACAUUUCA